AGCUAGUUUUUUUUCCUCUUCUUUAGUCUGUUUACAAUCGGCCGCCAUCCGAGAUGUUGCAGGAGCCGAGAGCUGUUAGAACAGUCCCCUGAGCUAGCGUAGGGGUAAGAGGAGCAAGAGGGAGGCUGGCGGUGAGCACGUUCCCUUCUUUUAGCUUCAGAAACUCCUCGAUCCUGGCUGCUCCUCCGAAGCCGCGCUCAGAAUGGUCCAGCGUUUGACAUACCGUCGUAGGCUUUCCUACAAUACAGCCUCCAACAAAACUAGGCUGUCCCGAACCCCUGGUAAUAGAAUUGUUUACCUUUACACCAAGAAGGUUGGGAAAGCACCAAAAUCUGCAUGUGGCGUGUGCCCGGGCAGACUUCGAGGGGUUCGUGCUGUGAGACCCAAAGUUCUCAUGAGGUUGUCUAAAACAAAAAAACACGUCAGCAGGGCCUAUGGUGGUUCCAUGUGUGCUAAGUGUGUUCGUGACAGGUAAGUAAAAUGGUUAAGUGGGCUUUCUUAA